CUUUGUGAGGGACGAGACUUUAGAAGUGAAAAUGUUAACCUGACUGUAGCAUUUGUUAUAUUGUUUACAAACAACUUGUGCCAACGUUUUAGUUAUCUCACAGCAUUUUCUGUUGUUCUUGUUGCAACAGAGAUCAAGUCAGCAACAUGGGUGUCCCAAAGUUUUACAGAUGGAUGAGCGAGCGUUAUCCUUGUCUCAGCGAAACUGUCAAAGAGUUCCAAAUUCCUGAGUUUGAUAACCUGUACCUGGACAUGAACGGCAUCAUACAUAUUUGUUCACAUCCAGAAGAUGACAACCCACAUUUCAGAAUCACAGAAGAGAAAAUAUUCUCUGACAUCUUUCAUUACAUUGAGUUUUUGUUUCGCAUCAUAAAACCAAGGAAAGUUUUCUAUAUGGCUGUUGAUGGUGUUGCUCCUCGGGCAAAGAUGAACCAACAGCGUGGUCGACGAUUCAGAUCAGCUCGGGAAGCUGAAGACUUGAUAAAGAAGGCACAGGAAAAAGGAGAGGUUUUACCAACUGAGAAGAGAUUUGACUCUAACUGUAUCACCCCAGGAACAGAGUUCAUGGUUCGACUACAGGAACAACUGAAGUAUUUUGUGGUGCAGAAAAUUUCAACAGACCCUUUGUGGCAGGGGCCCGAGGUUUACUUGUCUGGUCAUGAGACCCCUGGGGAGGGAGAACACAAGGUCAUGGACUUCAUCCGUUAUGAAAAGUCACAGCCAGGUUAUGACCCUAACACACGCCACUGUCUUUAUGGCCUGGAUGCUGAUCUUAUCGUACUGGGUUUGGCAACACAUGAACCUCAUUUCUCUCUCCUCCGCGAAGAAGUCCGAUUUGGCGGAAAGAGAGAGAGGAACAAGAGGCCAUCAACACCUGAAGAAACAACCUUCCAUCUCCUCCAUCUGUCUCUGCUCAGGGAAUAUCUAGAUUAUGAGUUCUCUGCACUAAGAAAAAAGAAACUGCCAUUUCCUUAUGACGUAGAGGGCAUUAUAGAUGACUGGAUUCUGAUGGGAUUCCUGGUGGGCAAUGACUUCAUCCCACAUCUGCCUAACCUACACAUCAACCAUGAUGCAUUGCCGUAUCUGUGGCGGACAUAUGAAGAGGUGCUGCCAUCACUCGAUGGUUAUUUGAAUGAGGGUGGUCAUUUGAAUUUGAAAAGAUUUGAGAAGUAUCUUGAGGCUCUGGCAAAGUUUGACAUUGAGAAGUUCAGUGAUCAGUUUACGGACAUGAAGUGGAUGGAGAGCAAGCUAGGAAAGAAACAUGUCAAUGAAGCAGCCGCCAAAGCCGCACAGGAGGAGAAUGAGCGGAAAAAAGAGAGAAAAAAGUCUUUCAACGAUACAAAUCCAUUUGCUGCACUGGAGGGUGUGGUAGAUGAGUUUGAUCCAAGUCUGUCUGAUUCUGGUGCUGACACAUUCACAGAGCCAACAGAGGAGACAACUCUGUCAGAUCUGUCUGAUGAUGAUGUCGACACAUUUGCUGCUGAGUUUAGACAGCACAAACGCAACUAUUACAUGGACAAACUGGACUACCAUACUGUCACACCUGAAGUGCUACAAGACCAGGCUCGGGGGUAUGUGACAGCCAUACAGUGGAUCCUCCUCUACUACUUUGAAGGCGUGCCAUCUUGGAGCUGGUUCUACCCCCACCACUAUGCACCAUACAUCAGUGAUGUGAAGGACUUCAGUGACAUGAAGAUGGAGUUCCAUCUGGGGAAACCCUUCCUGCCGUUCCAGCAACUCAUGGCUGUUCUGCCAGCUGCUAGCAAGGACCUUCUACCAGAAGCAUUCAGGGGCCUGAUGACCAUGGAUACUUCCCCUAUCAUCGACUUCUACCCAGUCAACUUCAAGACAGAUCUCAAUGGCAAGCAGCAGGACUGGGAGGCUGUAGUUCUCAUACCUUUUAUUAAAGAGGAGCGGUUGUUGGAAACAAUGCAGCCCAAGUAUGACUCUAUGACCAAAGCAGAGAGUGCAAGAAACAAACAUGGUCCCAGUACAGUGUUUGUGUAUGAUGAGGAACGACAAGAGCCAUACUUGUCUCGUCUCCCAGGCAUAUUCCCUGACAUAAAUGUCAAUCACACAAGACAGGAGGAGAUUCCCCUGGAGUUAUACAGAGUGGAUGGUAACAAGUUGAAGAAGGGUGUGCUGCCUGAGGUGCGACUAGAUGUGUACUUCCCUGGGUUCCCAACACUCUUCCACAUCAAACACUCGGCUGUACUGAAGAAGGAGGGAGUCAAGGUCUUUCAGAUGAACAGUCGUGGAGAAAACAUGAUCCUCACCAUCACACAGAGCGAAGACCUUAACAUGCCGAUAGAGGAGGCGUCACAUAUUUACCUGGGCAACAGCGUCUAUGUGGGAUGGCCACACCUGCACGAGGCCAAGGUCAUUGAAGUGUCAGAUGGAGAGACCAGUUACAAGUUAUUAGAGCGUAAGGGAGAGAAGGGAAAGAAGCCAUCAUUGGAGAAAAUACGCCGCGAUCUACAAAAAGAUGAAUCUGCUGUUUGGAGAUCAGAGGCAGGGUCCAUCAAGGAGAGGAGUUUAUAUAUCAACAUCCUACUGCAUGCCCUGCCCAUGACGGGCCGCAGGUAUGUGUGUGGGUCCCAUGGGAAGAUAACUUUGGAGAAACAGUUCUGUGUCCGUCCAGUCCCAUAUGCUCUGCAGGCUACUGUCAAGGACAUUGCCAUCCAUGAUCCCGACUUCCAGCAGUUCCGCACACUAGAGCAGCUGUUUUCCCCAGAAACAUCAGUGUUCAUGAUUGGUCAUCCACACUAUGGCUGCCAAGGAGAGGUCCUAGAUGUGGAAGAUGGUAGAGUUCGGAUGAAUGUUGGUGUUCCGGUUGAGCCAGACAUGACAAAUGUCAUGCGGAGACAAGAGUCACUGGAGACAAAUUACAUGCCUGGUUAUAUGAUCGCUCAGCGGCUCGGCAUAUCAGGGCUGUUCUUGUCCCGUCUCACUGGCUCUAUCCUCGUCAUCCAAGGCAGCAGGGACAACCCCAAGGCCAACAAAAUCAACGUGGGUUUGAACCUGAAGCACACCAAGAGGAACCAGGAACUGCCUGGCUAUACCAGGAAAUUGGAUGAUCGGUGGACCUACUCUCAAGCUACCUUUGAGCUGGUUCGAGACUACAUUGACAAAUUCCACGAGGUGAUGCAAGUGUUGUCAGCGGGUGGAGGAGGAGGAGAUCUGAUGUCAGAGGAAGAGAUAUUUCCUCCCAACAGCUGCAUAAGCAAGCAGACAAGUGUAGAGGGUGAGAUCAUUCCAUCCAUGAGGAGAGGCACUUUGAGGAGGACAUCCAACAGAUCUGCUGCAAAUGCUCACAGCAUUUUGUCUGUGAGUGGGAAGAGACAGCACACAUGGAUACCAUUCCGUCAAACUCAUAGCAGCUGUCUCCAGUACCAUGUCAGGAAGGAGAAACACUACUCAAGCUUUGUCAGACAUACACCAUUGCGAGGACUGAGGAAGGUUCCAGCUCAUGUGAACUUCAGGAACAAGAGGGGUUGUCUCCUCCUGUCUGUGUCAUGUCUUACCACUGGAGCUCUUCAUUAUAGGAAUAGGUAUGAAUACAAGCUGAAGCACAUGAUAGACUUUGUGAGGAACCUGCCGUGCAAUAAUGUCAAGCCUUUGUCCACUGGGGCAGACAUCUUGGAAGAGGGCGUGGUCAAGGCAAUAGAAGAGGAGGUGGACAGAGUUAAUGAGGAAAACAGGAGGAAACAGAAGAAAGUCAAGAUGCAAGUGAAACCUCAUUUGUUGUUCAGACCUCUCAUCAACCAAGGCCCCUUGGUGCCGGACCAGACUGCCACCUACUGGCUGUACGACCGGGUGGUAGCUGUGAAGCUGGGAUACCCCGUCCCCCUUGGAUUGCGGGGGACGGUUGUCGGCAUCCACCCUGAUGAGAAGGAGAGCGACACGCUGUAUGAUGUGGUGUUUGAUGCUGAAUUUAUCGGAGGAAUCAAUGUCAGGUCUUCUCCAAACCGAGGCUACCGCGUCCCAGCAGCCGCGAUGAUCAACCUGACCCACGGCGAGAGGAAGGAGAAGAAAGGGGUCUUCACGAGGCGUCUCAAGGUCUCCGUCCAGCCAUACAGCUGGGGUCAAGGUUCUGGAGCCAACCUUAACACCAACCACAGCUACAGCGAUCUCAUGUCAAAGUCAGGGGGACACAGAGGACGGGCCAAGGAGCCCCACAUGCUAUGGGGCUCUGCAGAUCGCCGUCCCAAUCACAAACACGACCAGUUUGACUCAUCACAGAAACAGCAGGACAAGUACAAUUACUACAAUGGGAGCGACAGUUUUAAUAAAGGAUUUGGACAGAAGAAUGGUGGGUUUACCAGCAACAAUCCCCAAUUUGUUACACCAAAAGUCACACAAACACAGUUUUCUAAACGAACACCAAACAGAACUCAACAGACAGGAGGAAAGACACAACCUUCCCAAGAUGCAACCAGCAACUCAGAGUUUGCCAACAUGUGGAAGGAGCUGCAGGCCGGCACAGUACAGACAGCGCCAUCAAGUGGCAACCUCAUCCAAGAACCGUCACUCCAACAGGCAGCACUUGCAUUGGGGCAGAUAACUCCUCCUACAACACGGCACCAGAAGAAACCAGAACUGAGUGGACGUGGUGACAGCGUUAAUGAAUCAGAGAAUGGUAGCAGUAAGAAGAUCGAUCUGCAGACCCUGUUUGAUCGUGCUAGCUUGCAGAAGGAAGCCGCGGAGAAAGAUGAGUUCAUUGCCAUGAUGGACUCUCUGGAGUUGUCCGGGAAGACCCAGAAGGAGGAAGAGGUCGUAGGAGGAAUCAACAGUAAUAAUAAUGCCACGGAACAGGAUGGUAGCUCUGCACUGAAACACAUGCUGAAGAUCGGAUCGGACACUAGUACAACGCCAGAGGGAGGUAGUGUGCCCAAUACUUCAUCACCAACAAAAGCAUAUGGGAAACAGUUAUCAGUGCAGGAACUGUUUGAUGGUGCUAAACAACAGGAGACCUCUCCACCACAACCCAAACAGCAGCAACAGGAACACCAACAGCAACAACAACAACAACAACAACACCAACAGAAGGGGCAAGACAAUUGGCAGCAACAAGGUCAGGGACAAAGACCACAUCAACAGCAAGGUCAAAGGAAACAGCAUCAAGGUCAAGGUCAUGUGAACCACCGACCUCAUGACUCUGGACCUAGGUUAGACACAGGGAACCCAGUGCUGGACCUUGAAGGCAGGUGUAAGAAUCUGGGACUUUCAGCGCCAGGAUAUGACUUCAAGCGUGCAAAGGGUCUUUACACUAGCAUGGUGAUGCUGACAAACGGGGCCAGGUUUGAAGGAUCUGAGUGUGGCAGCCGUGAGGAGGCUGCAGAGAGUGCUGCAAGCAUAGCAUUGCUUCAUCUGUUUACUCUUGAAUGGCAAAUUAUUCUGCAAGCAUUAGACCGGACACAGCCUCGGCCAUUCAUGAACAUCCCACCCCCAGGGAUGAUGAUGCCCCCACCCCCUCAUCUGUGUUCCCCAAACUCUGCCUUCAGUCCAGUUCGACCUGGUGCAGCACAAAUGUUUGUACCAAGGGGAGGCUACUCUCAACUACGACAUCCUCGCCACCAGUUUCCAGGCCCUCCACAACCUCAAAGGUAUCAGGGUCAUGGUCAUCACCAACAUGGAGGUGUACGACAACACCAUCCAGCCAAUCAAAAUGCAGGAAGUGGUUCAUGGAACCAUCACCAAGGUAACCAGUCUGACAUGGGGUUGGGAGGAAGCUAUCACAGCUCAGAGGCAUCAAGAAAGCCGGGAAUGGUGACAGAUCCCGCCUUCAUUCCUCUUCAGGUUGCUAGGAAUCAAAAGACCCCCCAGAAACGCCGCGACACCCAGUCCCAAUACCAUGAAGACAACAGUGCUGCUCCAGUGAGAGACUCUGACAGUUUCUCAAGAAGUGAAAACAAACAAACUGACAGUUCCCAGUCCCAGUCAGGGAGCUACUCAGCUCUUAGAACUGAUCACCCCAAGUCCCAUAAAUCUGAACCCAAGUCUGCUGGUGGACCUCCGUCACAGGGAAAGAAACGGCGUCCACGAAUAGCUGCCAACCUCAACUUCUCCUAAUCAAUCACGGCAUCACAAAUAAGUGUAGACUGUUGUGUUGGAAGGAAAUGUGUUGCGACUAUUGUUGUGUGAUAGCACAGCUGUAUGUUGUGUGUCCGUGAUCCAUAUCAUAAGGGGUUCAUGUUGUGACCUUGGACAGACAGACCUCUCUGAAAUAUUAAGUCAUGCAGUAACCAUGACUACAGUGGAAGUUAAAGGAGCUGUUGGCUACCCAGUCAGUUUUAUUUGGUUCCAUUCUGACAUGAAUAAUAUUGACUGUCAUGUGUUUUAAUUUUGAUCACUACCUGUAUUUCCGUUUUUACUUGUAAACAUAUUUGAUGUGUGCAUUUGUAUGAGAUAUGAAAUGCAAGUGAAGUAUCUGAGGUAUC